AUGGUAGAACGUGAAGCCCUUUUUGAGCGUAUUACUGCUGAACGAGCUUUGUUUGAGAACAUCAGUCGUCAGCGCGCUGAUGAGAUAAGGGAGUUACAGACUCAGGUGUCGAAUUUUCAAAUGGAACUUAAGGCUACUGAAGAGCAUAUCUUGCUUCAGAAGAACAAGCUGUUGGAUGCUGAAGGAGCCUUGGCAGUCGCAGAAAGAAAGCGCAGUGAAUUACAAAACCAGUUAGAAUCCUUUGAGAGAGAACAUUUUACGAAGGAAAACUAUCUAGAUGAUCAAUUCUCCAAAUAUGGUAUCAUCUUAGAAAGUUUGAAGGUUUAUGAAAACGGAGAUAAUAGUAAGGGCAUCUUAAUUGAUGAGAUUCUAGAAGAAAAAGCCACACUCACUGCAGCUCUCUCAGCAUCACAAUAUGAAAAAGAGACAUUGAAUAAAUACUUGAUAAAUUUGAAGGAUAACUUGUUCAGAGUAGAAAAAAGUUUUGUCAUCCUUAGACGUGAAAUCGAAUCCAAGUCUGCACAAAUUAUGGAGCUCACCACUCAACGAGACAGUAUGGCUGACAAAAUUAAAUUUCUUUCCGACCAAUUAAGUGAUUACUGGAAUGUGAUUGGAAAGUUAAGACAAGAAAAAGAGAAAUUAAACUCUUCCUUAAAAGUUUCGCUGAUGGAAACCGAAAAUUCCCACAACAAUCUAAACAAAUUAGAUUUUUCACUCCAAAAGGCUGAUGGUGACUUUAAAACUGUUGCUAAAGUAAAACAUGUAGGAACGAGUUCUCUUUUGCCGAGUCAGAUAAUUAACAAACAACUUACACUAGAGUCGCAGACCAUUCAUUACUUCCCAGUUGCAGUGCCGACCUUUCAAAGUCAACCAAAUACUACUUCUCUACCGUCUUCAGUAAAUAAUUUUAGUACCUCGGAUGCUACACAUUCUUUAAACAUUCAAGUGAAUGAAGAUAGUUGUUGGCAAAUUAUGGAUUUUAAAAAAAGAUUACCUAGUGACGCUGUUUGUGAUGUAGCUCCAAUUUCGCAAAAUACAAUCGGUGUACCUGAUUCUAAUUACGAUACUCAAAAUAACGGCUCGAACUCACAGGAGAACUAUCCCACAACACCUUUAAGUUCUGAUAAAAAUAUAUUUGGUCAACGGAUCCUUCGUCUUUAGUUUCUGCCCGUGUUUUGUCUUCUUC